AUGGAUGAUAUUAGGGGAGUUUAUACAGUAAAGAAUGGUUACAGGCGCCUUGGUGAAAUUUAUGCCCCAUGUGAUCCAGUUUGGAAUAACAUUUGGAAAUUACAGGUUCCCCCCAAAUGGAGAAUAUUUUUAUGGAGAGCUAUCACAAAUGUUUUGCCAACAAUUACUAACCUGGUUAAUAGAAGAGUGGAGAUCCCAAAUGUUUGCCCUGCUUGUGGUGUGCUUGGGGAGGAUGUUAUGCACAUUUUAUGCAAUUGUGUUUAUGCUAGACGUGUGUGGAAUAUUUCACAACUCCAAAUCCCUAACUUUGGUGAUCAUGAUUUUAUGCAGUGGGUGGAGCUUUGGUUGGGAAACUCAGUAACAUCUGCUGGGUUUCUAAAAGAUCAGAUUUGUGGAAUACUCUACGAAAUUUGGAGGGCUCGAAACAUGGCUGUUUGGGACCUUGCAUUACCAUCCCCGUUGCAUCUUUGUGCCUCGUUUCAACGCUCUUGGGCUGCCUGGUCGUUGUCCACCGCACAUGGCCGCACUGUUGGGUCACCGCCGGUUGCCACCAUGCCGCAUGCGCUGUCCGAUCUCCAGGCGCUACAGCUGCCUCACGGUACGGUGCUUUGCAGCAUAGACGCGGGGUUCUACGGCGCCCAACACUCCCCUACUUUUGGCUUCUAUAUACGCAGCUUGGAUGGCGUUUUUGUUGCAGCGGCUAAUGGCCCCCUCUCUUGUCCGUAUGAUCCCCUAUUGGCCGAGGCUAUGGCAAUACGUGAGGCUCUAUCGUGGCUGCAGGAUCACAAUUAUCAAAACGUCCUCAUGUUAUCGGACUGUGCUGUUCUCGUUGCUAGUUUCCGGGAUGCCAGUUCUUAUCGUUCGUAUCUUGGCAUUGUUUUAGAUUCCUGUUUACGUUUAAUUAAUUCGUUUUCUGCUUGCUCUAUUAAGUUUGUACGCAGAGGCACCAAUAUGGUCGCCCAUGCAUUAGCUAAGCACGUUGGUGCGGUUCAGACACGUUCAGUCUGGAGGGAAGCUCUACCUCCUUUUAUUCCUGCUGGUUUAAGUUAA